AUGAACUCAUGGAACCUGAGUUCUUCAAUACCGAUAAUACACACACCUCAUGACCAUCCCCCGACAUCUGAAGAAGCAGCAGAUCAAUCAAAUAGUAGUCAGAACGAUCAUGAAUCACACGACAAGAGAGCAGGUUCGGCAGAUGACUUGAGUCCUAUAUGGCAUUGCGUCAUCUCUGGUGGAAUUGGUGGAAUAAUAGGAGAUUCUGCGAUGCAUUCCCUGGAUACUGUCAAGACAAGACAACAAGGUGCUCCAAAUGUUAAAAAAUAUAGGAAUAUGAUCUCUGCAUAUCGUACCAUUUGGUUGGAAGAAGGUGCGAGAAGAGGUCUAUACUGUGGAUACAUGGCAGCCAUGCUAGGCUCCUUCCCAUCAGCGGCAAUCUUUUUCGGGACCUAUGAAUAUACUAAGAGAACAAUGAUAGAAGAUUGGCAGAUUAAUGACACCGUCACGCAUUUGAGUGCUGGAUUUCUUGGUGACUUCAUCUCCAGUUUUAUUUACGUUCCUUCAGAGGUGUUGAAAACAAGACUGCAGUUGCAAGGAAGGUUUAACAAUCCUUUCUUCCAAUCUGGUUACAACUAUUCAAACUUAAGAAAUGCCAUAAAAACAGUAAUAAAAGAAGAAGGAUUCCAAUCCCUUUUCUUUGGCUACAAAGCUACCCUAGCCAGAGAUUUGCCAUUUAGUGCAUUGCAGUUUGCAUUCUACGAAAAGCUCAGGAAAUUAGCCUUCACGAUUGAAAAGAAGGACGGCAAAGAUGAAGAGCUGUCCAUAUCCAACGAAAUAUUGACUGGUGCAUGUGCGGGUGGGCUAGCCGGAAUUAUCACCACACCGAUGGAUGUUGUCAAGACUAGGGUACAGACUCAACAACCGCUCAGCUCGAGCAACAAAGCAUAUUCAGUAUCGCAUCCUCACGUAACAAACGGCAGGCCAGUAGCGCUUUCCAAGUCAAUUCUACUCAGCCUGCGGACGGUUUACCAAUCUGAAGGCGUACUUGGGUUUUUUAGCGGUGUGGGCCCUAGAUUUGUUUGGACAAGUGUUCAAAGUAGCAUAAUGUUGCUAUUGUAUCAAAUGACACUACGAGGAUUGGGCAACGCAUUCCCCAAUUGA